GUUGUCUCGCUGAACCGGCAUGAGCGAGUUUCAUACAUGCGGUAGAGAAACCUCCAUUCAGACGGAAACGUUUCUGGAAUUUUGAAAGCGUAUCCUAUUAUACCUUAUAUCCUAUUUGAGCAUUGUGAAGAUAUUUUGUGACGCGAAUUUUUUUUUUUAACUACAGCUUUUGAAGGGAUAUUUAAUAAUCACUUUUUCAUUAUCCCGCGCGCGCUAUCGCAAGUAACCGUUUGUGUUCGCGCGCGCUAAUUAGCUUACCGGCUAAAAGGAAGUAUUUUCUUCUGGACUGACUGCUGUAACGUGUGAAUGUUCUCCUGCCUACCUGCAGUCAGACUUACACAAUGGCUGGUUGCACCCUCUGCUUGUUAGCCAAGCAACAACAUGGCAGCAACGGAUCUAGUUUAAUUACUGGAUAGCAAUAAAUCUCAUAUUAUACCUCUAGUUUACAUUAAUUGAUUUCUGUUCAGUCCCAUAUUCAAGUUUGCACUGCUGAGUCUCAGCAACCCUCUUAACACAGGUUGGCCUGUAGACAAGCUAUUUAUUUAUUUAUUUAUUUACUUAAUACCUCUUGUAUUUUUUGGCUUCUGUUUAAACGUAGCCUCAACAAAACAGAUUUUUACAUUACUUUCCCUUUAAAAUUGUGAAAGAAUUCCAAUAUAUUCUACAAUCAUGGUUUCAUCAACUACAGCUGCAGUUAUACUGGCUACUACUGCAGCAGGAGUAACAGACACUGCUCUAACAGGCUACAUGUGGCUGCUGAUAGUUGGCUUCAUCGUUGCUUUCGUCUUGGCCUUUUCUGUGGGUGCGAAUGAUGUUGCAAACUCAUUUGGCACAGCUGUUGGCUCUGGGGUUGUGACCUUGCGUCAGGCAUGCAUUCUGGCUACAGUGUUCGAGACUCUGGGCUCUGUGCUGCUUGGGGCAAAAGUGAGCGAAACCAUCCGCAAGGGUAUCAUUGAUGUGGCCAUGUACAAUGGCUCCGAGCACGUGCUGAUGGCUGGAUCUGUCAGUGCCAUGGUUGGGUCUGCUGUAUGGCAGCUGGCUGCCUCUUUCCUUAAGCUCCCCAUAUCUGGAACACACUGUAUUGUUGGUGCUACUAUUGGCUUCUCACUGGUUGCCAAGGGUCAGCAAGGAGUCAAGUGGCUUGAGCUCCUACGAAUAGUUGCUUCCUGGUUCCUGAGUCCCCUUUUGUCUGGAAUAAUGUCGGCCAUUGUUUUCUACUUUGUGCGUAUGUUCAUCUUACAAAAGAAAGACCCUGUACCUAAUGGCUUGAAGGCCCUGCCUGUCUUCUACGCCAUGACCAUGGGAAUCAACCUGUUCUCCAUCAUGUUUACUGGAGCUCCGGUGCUGGGAUUUGACAAUAUCCCUUGGUGGGGCAUCCUGCUCAUCUCAUUGGCCUGUGCUCUGCUGACUGCCAUCGUGGUCUGGUUUAUUGUCUGCCCUCGCCUCAAGAAGAAGAUUGAACGAGAUAUCAAGUCUUCCAGCCCCUCUGAGAGCCCCCUGAUGGAAAAGCAAGAGCUCAAAGAAGCACACUGUCCUAUCCUGAAGCAGACUGCCAUGGAGAUGUCUACACCUGCUGUGCCCGCUGUCGAUCAAAACUCUUCGGAGCCUCUGCCUGCCCCUGAGGAACGGGGGGUGGCGUUCGACAUUGGAGAGCCUGACGAAGGGGAAAAUAAGGAGCGCAAAGUUGCUUUUGACAUUGGAGAUUGUGAUGACACAGACGACUGCAAUACAUAUGCCCCAAAACAGCCUCAAACAAAUGACCAAGUCCAGCUCAACAACCAACACAGUAAUGCCUCUGCAAAUGCUCCCAACCAUGUCCACUUCAGUAACCAAAGUCAGUUCAAUAACAGGCCAGCACAGAUUCUCAGUAAUGGUUACAGUCAAUAUCACACAGUUCACAAGGACUCUGGCCUCUACAAAGACCUGCUGCACAAACUCCACCUGGCCAAGGUUGGCGACUGCAUGGGAGAACCAGGUGAUCGACCUAUCCGAAGGAACAACAGCUACACCUCAUACACUAUGGCCAUCAUUGGCUUGCAUGGUGAUUUCAGGCACAAAGAAGCAGAUCUCCAUGCUUGUGAAGAUGGCGACAAAGGCCUAGGGUCUGGUGGUCAGGAAAAGAAGCGUGUGCGUAUGGACAGUUACACCAGCUACUGCAAUGCUGUAGCAGAGAACACAACUCCUGAAGGUCUAGUUGAAGGUGACGUGACACUAGAAAUUGCAAAAGAGGAUGCGGGUAGCAGCCAAAGCUCUCUAGAUGACAGGCAUGAAGAAGACAAGCCUGAAGUCUCCACUCUGUUUCAGUUCCUCCAAAUUCUCACAGCUUGCUUUGGAUCUUUCGCCCACGGUGGAAACGAUGUGAGUAAUGCCAUUGGACCUUUGGUAGCUUUGUGGUUGGUUUACACAACGAGCAGCGUGACCUCUAACGCACCUACGCCCAUUUGGCUGCUGCUGUAUGGCGGUGCGGGCAUCUGCAUUGGAUUAUGGGUAUGGGGUCGCAGGGUGAUCCAGACUUUGGGCAGAGACCUCACCCCCAUUACUCCUUCAAGUGGUUUCAGCAUUGAACUGGCCUCAGCCCUGACUGUCGUGGUUGCUUCCAACAUUGGUCUGCCUGUCUCCACCACCCAUUGCAAGGUGGGGUCCGUGGUGGCAGUAGGAUGGCUGCGUUCAAGAAAGGCGGUGGACUGGCAUCUGUUCAGAAACAUCUUUAUGGCCUGGUUUGUGACCGUGCCCAUCUCUGGCCUGAUCAGUGCCGCCAUGAUGGCCAUCUUCAUCCAUGGCAUCUUUCUGAUCGAAAUAUAGCGGUUACCUUGAGCCAACGACAUUGAAAGGAAAGAGUUUGGAAAGGACUGGUGUUAUGUGCCUGUGGUUCAUAUUUAAUUUAGCUUUUGCUAUUUGUUCCUUUUGGGUCACAUGACCUGUGUUGGGGAAACUUUCAUAUCUCAUCAUUCUGUAAAUUUGUUAAGCAUCAGCUGAUCUUUUUUUUUUAAAGUUUUUUUACUUUUCAGUUUUGUAAAUACAACCAUCGUGUUUUUUGGACAGUAUUGGAAAUGCAGUAAUAAGCCUACAUGUAAUUUUACACAUGCUAAAGGUAAUGUAGAUGUAACAGCUGUACUUUAGGUUAAACGCAAGACUCGUUGCUGUAUGUCUGUUCUCUACUCAAGAGUAUUUAAUAAUUUUUGUAUUUGCAUCUGACUUUAUGUGCCCUGAACCUGGACGUUGUGUUCAUUCUCAUAAAGAAACAAAAAACAAAUUCAGCUGAAGUUGGUUAAAAUGGUUUAUUCUCCAGACUCCAGAACAGUUUACAGUGUUAGAUGUCACUGUAUACACUGGAUGACCACUUGCAGAUUAAUACAUAAAAUACUGUACUGUAUGCAUUAAAGGGUCAUUUCUAAAAAAAAAAAAA